AUGUUUACAGGCCUUGUCGAAACAAUCGGGAGUAAGACCUCAUCUCUUUUGACAUUGAUUGCACCAACAACUAACGCGUUCGAACUAGCCGUCACGGCCCUGGAGCCCCUCGAUACCACGACAAGUGGGGGCGGGGGAACAUCACUCACGAUCUCCGACUGCGAGGAGAUCCUCACAGACGCGCAUUUGGGCGAUAGCAUUGCUGUGAAUGGAACAUGUCUGACGGUGACCGCGUUCGACAAGACGUGGUUCAAGGUCGGCUGUGCGCCGGAGACACUGCGGCGCACGAAUCUGGGCUCAUUGCAGAAGGGUUCUUACGUGAACCUCGAGCGCGCCGUUUCCGCCGAUACCCGGAUGGGAGGACACUUUGUGCAGGGCCACGUUGAUACCGUUGCGGAGAUUUUGUCCGUCACGCCUGAUGGGAACUCGUUAGUCUUCCGGCUGCAGCCGAGGGAUAGGAGCAUCCUGCGCUAUGUUGUGGAGAAGGGAUAUGUUACCCUUGAUGGUGCCAGUUUGACCGUUACCAAGGUUGUUGAUGGGGAGGAUGGGUAUUGGGAGGUUAUGCUUAUUGCCUAUACGCAGGAGAAGGUGGUUACUGCGUCUAAGAAGGCUGGGGAGCUUGUGAACGUUGAGAUUGAUAUUGUGGGCAAGUAUGUCGAGAAGAGUGUGCAGGGAUACUUUGCUGGUGCUGGGGGUGGUGAUUUCGCUAUUCUGGAAAAGAUGGUGAAUCGCAUUGUUGAUGAGAAGCUCAAGAAGUAG